CGCCCGCCGCGCGCCCCCGGGAGGCGGGCCCGGCAGCGCGCGGGACAUGGAGGAGCGGGCCGGCUUCAGGAAGGACACCGUGGAUCGGCUUCUCCGCCUCCAUUUCCGGGACGGGAGGACCCGAGUUAACGCUGACGCGCAGCUGCUGAUGGCCGAGAUGCUGAAGGUCUUUGUCCGAGAAGCCGCAGCACGGGCAGCUCGGCAGGCUCAGGCAGAGGACCUGAAGAAGGUGGAUACUGAGCAGCUGGAGAAAGUGUUACCACAGCUGCUUCUGGAUUUCUAGAGGCCUCCUGAAGCACAUGUCACCUGUCAGCAGACAGUCCUGGCCUUACACGUGUCUCAGCCUCAGCGACACUCUGGGACAAACUGUCUCAACUUUUUCUUCCUCUGCCAUUUUGCUUUUGUUCCCUCUCUCCCUUACCAAGCAUAACACAGCCCAAAGCAACGAUGCUGCCAGAUACUGUUUUUGAGAAGAGGCUGCCACAGGCUUAUUUUGUUCAGCUGAGUGCAUAACUGGUUUUCAUCUUGCUGCCUUACUCCUGUAACAGAGGCCUGUAUUUCACAACAUGGUGAGAUGCUGUUACUUUGUUAGCUAACGUGAGAAAGAGGUGCUGCUUCACCGAGAUGCGUAGAAAGACUUAAAGGCUGGAAAUACCAUCCAACCUUCAGGUUCUCACUGCUUCAAGCAGGCCGCUGUAACAGCAACUCCAGGUGCAGCUCCAAGCCUUUCUAAUGAAUAGGUCAUUAAUGGGAGCUUAGUCACAGGCUCUUGCCAAGAGCAGGUAACUGAUCUUUAUUUUAUAAAUAAACAGUGUCUGUCGCUCA